AUGUCAAAAAAACUAUUAAAAUAGAUAAUUAAAGAGACAAAAAAUAAACUGAAAAGCGCAUAUUUGGGUAUUGAAGAUAUCUUAAUUUAAGAAAUAAAUCAUUCAAAUAUGCAGCUUAUUUUUAAGCUAGUCAUUAUACAUAUUAUUUUAUAUCAGGCUAACUCUAGUUAGACAUGUGAUUAGAUUAAUAGAUGUAAUAAUUGUGAUAAAAGCACUUCUUUGUGCUAAGAUUGUGACAAUGGUUUUUACUUUUCAAAGGAAUUAUUAAUGUGUAUAUCUUAAAGUACUUGUCAAUAUGGAUAAUAUAAGUAAUUUAACAAUUUUCCUUGUUUGGAUUGUCAUCCAACGUGCAAGGCUUGCACUAGCAAUAAAUCAUAUGAUUGCACUGAGUGCAUAGAUGGUUACGCUUUUAUUUAAGAUCAAUUUUCUGACAGAAAAAUGUGCAUAAAUUGUUCUAUACCUAAUUGUUUAGAGUGUUCUUAAUUCAAGUAUUGCAUGUCUUGCUAAAGCGGUUAUUAUUUAGACAAAUAAAAAAAUGAGUGUAAGAAAUGUGAAGUAGAUAAUUGCAUGGUAUGUGAGACUUCUCCUUCUAUUUGCACAUAAUGCUUUGCAGCUUACUCACUGUAAACUAUAUAUAACGAUUAGAGUAGUGACAAAUAAGCCUAAACACAAAUAUGCUAUCUGAAGGGAUUAUGCCAAAUAGGGUAUUAUUUGUAAAAGUUUGGCAAGUGUUAGAAGUGUGAUUAAUCAUGCUUGCACUGCUAUGAGAGCGGAAAUGACAAAUGCUAUCAGUGUAAUACGGGGUAUUACAUGAAUAAUUAGUAUUGCAUGAAAUGUGAACCUAAUUGUAAGACAUGUAAAUAUAGAAGUAAUUAUUGCACUUCUUGCUAAUAAGGGUAUUUUUUGAAUGGGUCUCGAUGUGAGCUUAAAUGCAGACAAGGUGAGUAUGGCUAUAAUGGUUAAUGCUUUUCUUGUGCACCAAAUUGCUUUAGUUGUAUUGAUUAUAAUACCUGCACAAAGUGCGUAGAUCACACUAACUACAAAAUUGCUAAUGGAUAAUGUGUAAAUAUCUGUCCUUCAGGUUAAUAUAAUUAAUUAAAUUCUAUAGAUACAUUGCUAUGGUAAAAUUAUAAAUUUGAUGAUAUCAUCUCACCUAUAAAUUGCUAAAUGUGUGAUACAAAUUGUAAUGAGUGCAUUUAAACUGACAGAAAUUGUACUUAAUGUAGUUCCGAUUAUUUCCUUUCAAAUUAAAAAUGCUCCAAAAAUUGCUAAUCCAACUAAUAUAAAGACAUAGACCCGAUCACAUAAUAAAUUGUAUGCAUGAACUGUUAAGUUCCUUGCUAAGAAUGCUCAGAUAGAAAUACUUGCACAUCAUGCAUUGAGGGAUACACGCUGUCUGAUGGAAAGUGCUUUUAUUAAAAUAUUCAAGGUGGAUUUUGCAAAUAAGGAACUCUAGAGUUUUCUAACCCACCACUUUGCUUCGAUAUAUGCCCAAAAGGACUAAUUUAAUUUGGUACCAAAUGUUAUUGUGAUUAUAGUUGUAAAGAAUGUGUUUUUGAUACUAAUACUUUACAGACCAUAUGCUUAACUUGUAAAUAGAACAACAAAUACUCAUAUUAAGGUACCUGUUUAGAUAAAUGCCCUGAAAACACUCAAGCUGCAACUGCAAUCUACUAGGGAAUAAAUUAUUAAUAUGAAUACACAUCUUGUAUAAUUGAGUGCCAAGAUAACUAAUUAAUAACUAUAUCACCAAAUAUGAAUAAGUAGUGCACUAACUAAUGCCCUGCCAACUUUGAAAAGUAUAAGUCUAAAUUUUGCAUAAACAAGUAAAUAUGCUAAAAAGAGACAUAUUUUGAUUAAAAAAUAUUUGAUGAUCUGAUUAAUAUCAAUUAGACUAUUUAAGAGUUAACAUAUUGUAAGAAAUGUUUUUCAGAGUGUGCAUAAUGCGUAGGACCUUUAAGCACUGACUGUAUUAGUUGUAAACAAGGUUUUACUUUAUAGGAGAAAUUCACAGAUAAUAUUAAUAAUAAUAAUAACAAAAUUGGUCACUAAUGUUAAUAAGAGUGUGAUAAAGGAUACGAAUAAAUUAAAGUUAUACAGCUUGACACAACUGCAAGAGAUGAAUGUCAUGUUUGUAAAAAAAAUUGUAGUUCCUGUAUCAACACAUUAUUUAAAGUAUAACCUAAAUUUUUAGAUAGUUAUAAUGCAAAUUAAAACGAUAUUGACUUAAAUAAAUAUUUUUGUGUUUAAUAAUGCCCCUCAAACACUUAUUAUGAUGCUAAAAUAAAAGAAUGCAAACUCGAUGUCAAGCUUCAAUUUAUUUUUGAUAAAAGCAAUAAUUAGAUUUAAAAUAAGUAUUUUACAACAGAUUAAAUUAAUUUCAGUUUGGAAAUUAACUCUCCUUACGAGAUACCUUAAGAUAAAUUGGUAAGCUGCACAAUAUUAGAAAUUAAUUAAUAUUUGCAAAUGCAGUAAAAUAAUUUAAAUUAAAAAUUAUUUUCUUCAGCUAUCAAUGCGAGCAUUCUGAAAGAGGGAAGAGUUUACACCUUAAAGUGCAUAGUUUUAAUGUUUAAACAGAAAUUCGAAAGUACUACUUAGGUAGAAACUUUAAAGAUGAUUGCUGGAAAUUUUUAUUCAAACUCUACUAGUGGUGUAGCAAUAAUUGAUACCUUCUAAUUUAUUAUUAAUGGCUACAAAUUUGAGAAUGUGAGUAGUGAAUAUUAUAGUUUUAAUUACACUUUGUAUGUAGAAAAUUAUAGCUAUCACUCUUAGUUUACUAAUACUACUUUGCUUAAUACAGACUAAUCAUUUUAUAGUAUAAAUCCAUCUCUUUUACUCAACUUUAGCUACUCAUUAAAUUACACAUUUCCGUACAUAAAAAAUUAACAAAAAGUAAGAGUGAUUCUUGCUGCUAGUUUCUAAAAAAUAACAGAUUAUUAGGUUAUUUAACUGAAUAUAGAACCUUAUUACAUAAAAGUUGUAGAUAUUUAAUCUCUCAUAUAAAAGACAGUAUAUGAAUAUAAUUUAUAAAAAGGAGAGCCAUUUAACAGUGAAGUAUUGAUAUAGUUUAAUAGUUAGUUAUUACUUUUAGGGGUUAUACCUAAAUUUAAUAUUAGCUAAAUUUCUUCCAAAUCAAAGGUAAUAUAAUUGCAACAAGUAAAGGACUAUUAGAUUCCUUGCAAUAACUAAACUGAUUGUUUUGAACAAGGAGAAUGUCUUUCACAAAUUUAGUCUUACUCCUAAAAAUGUUAGUGUAAUCAAGGUUACUAAGGAGAAAAUUGCUUAUGGAAAGCAGAUAACUACCAAGAAGUAUAAAAAAUUUAUCUCAUAAGUUUACCUUAGCUUAAGUAUGAGAUGAUAGAAAUACACAUUUUAUCUUUAUCUAAUUAAUUUAAAAUUAACAAAUACAACAACAUUUUAGAAUCAAUUCAUUUUAUUUGCUAAAUGAAAGACAUUAUUAAUUACGAGAUGUCUGAAAUAUUAAUUGAUAUAGUGCUAAAUCACUUUUUUGUUAAUGAUAAAAUUAUGAAGUAAAACUUAGACAAAAUUUUAUUCAUAGCCGAUGUUUUGAUUGAUCUCGUUAGGAAAUUUACAGAAUUAGGCAAAAUGGGAUAAAAUAAUUACUUUUAAAGAAUAAUUAAUAACUUGCAGCAUUUAUUUGGGAAGGUGGUUACAAAUCAUGGAUAUAAGAUUUAGUAUGAUUUUAACAAUUUAUCAGUCUUAAAAUAAGAUCUCGCUGUUAUGAAAAAUGUCUCUCUAAGCGAUUUUUAGAUUGUUGGUUCAGAUUACUUUAUUUCCCUUCCUAUUAAAGAAUUGGUUAAAGUGGGCGAAAAUUUAAAAUUCAUAAUUAUUAAACACACAAUAAGUGUUACCAAAUAAAAAAUUGAUAUGACUUAGUUAUAUUCUAGCAUAUUUGCAAGUGAUAUAAUAAUGUUAUAGCUAUAAGAUAAAGAUUAUUAGAAUAAAAAUUAUAAUGCUAAAAGCUUAGAAAGCUCAAUUAUCCUUGACAUCCCAUUAAAUAUAAAAAUUGAAGAUAUCUCUGUAGAUGAGGAAUCAAAUUUAUCUUAUUAAUGUGUUUAACUACUUUAGAAUUCUGUUUGGUCAUCAGAUAAUAUAUAAAUAGAAAUAUUUGACAACUUUGUGAGGUGCAAAAUAAUUUAUCUUACUUAAUGUGCGAUUAAAAUAGUGAAAAAUGAUAAAAAAUAAAUCUAAAAUGGAAACAAUCUGCCUUAAUAACCUGCAUAAGUGUAGAUAGAUAAAUCUGAAUUAAAACAAUAUAUUUUCUCCAUCACAAACACGGCUAUUUUGAUAGUUGUGUAAUUAGUGAUCAUUUGUUGGAAUAAUAAAAAAUAGUAAAAUUAAGAAUUGAUUAUUCAGUCACUUUAAAAUUAGAAAUUAAAUGGAAAGGAUUAAAUUGAGAAAGAAAUUUAAAGUAAUUAAAAAAAUAGUAAUUAAUAAAACUCUGGUCUCCAAAAAUAAUUUGUUUCAGAGAAAUGCGAUUUGCACUCAUUUCAGUAGAAUUUAAUUUUGAAAUAUUUUUCAUUCUAAGAAAUCCAGAAAAUAAAUUAAGACUAAGUUUUUGACUGUUGUUAAUUGAGUAAUCUUGAUUAAUAUAAGCAAAGAGAAUAGAUUUGUUGUGAAAAAUAAUAAUCAGAUGUAAAGGAAACUACAAGCAACGAAUAAUAACAUUUAAAUUACACUCUAAAGCAAGACACAAUGCAUUAUUAGAAUGCUUCAAUUAAUCAUAGAAUCUUUUAAACGCAGAAGUAUCUAGAAUAGCCCACUUUUAAUUGUGAUUUAGAAGAGGAUAAUAUGAAAAUAAUGUGUUUUAAUAGUGUUUAGAGUUAAAAUUUACAAAAAAGCGAAUAGUUAGCUUAAAAGUAAGUUAUAUCAACCGAAACUCCUAUAAUAGCAACUUAAAUUGAUUAAAUUUGUGUUGCGUCAUAAGAAAAUAAAACUAAUGAAAACAAUUAUAUAUAUAAAACAAAUUUCUUUUAAGAUGAGAAGAAGUAUAAAACAAAAGAUGAAGAAAUAUAAAAUAUGAGCAAGCAACUACAAUGCACAGGUCAAGAACAAAAUUAAUAACCAUCUUAGGAAAUAACCAUAAUAUAGGAUAAUUUAUUAAAUUAUCAUCCUGUUUAUUCUUUUACAAGAAAUUUGAGGUACCGGGAUAUUAAUUAAAGAAUUAUUCUAUUUUUUUUAAACAUAAUUUAUUAUGAGCUAAUUUCAAUUAUAUGCGUAUCCAAAUAGAAAAAUUUUUAAUAACCAGGAUAAGUUAACUUACUUCCUUUCUUAUAUUUCUUUUUAAUAUCUUCCUUCAUCAAAGCCUUUUUAUCUUACCUCAUUCACACCAUAGCUUAUUUGAAAAUUUGCAUUUACAAAAAAAUUACAAACAGCAUCUAAGAAUCUAUUCUAAGCCUUUUUUACCCUAUGAUAACUGUCUUCCUCUAAAUUAUAUUUAUAAUAACAAUUUGCAUUGUGAAUCAAUUUAUUGAAUAAAUGAGUUAAUUUAGAAAUUUCUUGAUUCAAACUGCCAUUAACAUAAUUUUAGACUUUUUUGUUCUGGAAUUCUUAUUAAUAAUUAUGCUUCAAAAAGUUAAUUUCAAAACAGGCGAAAAUUGGCUUCGAUUAAAAAAUAAUGACAUCAAGCUAAAUUGA